AUGAAGGGACCGGCAGGUAGAUGGUGGAAUACGGAAUCCACGUACUUCACUAACCAAGGUAUUCCUAAGGAUUGGCAACAUUUCAAGACAGCUUUCUUGGAGAAGUACUACCCCAACAGUGUGCGUGCUUUAAAGGAGCGUGAGUUUCAGUCCUUCAAACAAGGCAACAUGUCGGUGUCUGAAUAUGCUGAGAAGUUUGAGGACAUGGCUGCCUAUUCCAGACAAGCAGCUUAUGCACCAGAUGAGUUGUGGAAGAUUGAUCAGUUCCUCAUGGGGCUGAAUGCUGAUAUUGUACACAGUGUGUCUCAAAGGGAGUUUACCACUUAUGCUGAAUGUCUGAGACAAUGCUAUGUUGCUGAGAACACAUUGAAGAGGGUCCAAGAGGAAAGAGAGCAGAACAUGUCGGUUCGUAGGGAUCACGAAAGGUCGGGGCAGCAUUUGAAACCCCGUACUCCUCCAGCGGCGAAGAAACAGACCCAUGGUGGUAGCUUAACUCAACCUCCUUGGUGUGGCAAGUGCAACAAGAAGCAUCAUGGGAAUUGUAGACCGAAUUUUGGAAAUUGUUACAGGUGCCAUCAACCAGGGCAUUAUGCAAGGGAUUGUACUGCCCCAGAUGUUCCUGAGAAGACUAAAGGUCGUGUUUACACCUUGGACGCUAGGAAGGCCCAAGGAAACACUAAUCAUGUUGCUGGUACGUGUUAUGUUAAUGAUCAGCCCUUGUUUGUGCUAGUUGAUUGUGGAGCAACACAUUCUUUUAUUUCUUAUCCUUGUGUGCGGAGGCUUGGCUUUGAAACGAGUCUUCUUCCUAAUCCUAUGAUUAUCUCGUCGGCUACGGACGAUGUGGUAGAAGCUCGGGAAAUAUGCAAGGAGUGUUCUAUUACCUUCAAUGGUCGUAGAUUCGUGAUUGAUCUCGUUUGUCUACCUCUUAAGAAGAUCGAUGUAGUACUUGGUAUGGACUGGUUGUCAGCUAACUCGGUGUACAUCGGUUGUAAAGAGAAGGCUAUCUUCAUUCCUGCUGAGGAGACUACAUCAACCGAUGCCAUUGAACAUUUUCUUGAAGGUACGAUUAACAUAGUCAACUACCUUUUUGCUCAAGAGAAGCCUUUCCUUUUGGUUCUUACGUCGGACUCCAAGGACAAGAAAAGUGUAUUGGAGAUUCCGGUUGUGUGUGAAUUUUCCAAUGUAUUUCCUAAGGAUGUUACUUCUCUUCCGCCGAAAAGGGAAGUUGAAUUCUCUAUUGAUCUUAUUCCGGGUACCGCUCCAGUUUCUAUUGCCCCUUAUCGAAUGUCUCCUGUAAAGCUAAGAGAGUUGAAGAGUCAGCUAGAAGAGUUGUUGCUGAACAAGGUAACCAUAAAGAACAAGUACCCUGUACCGCGGAUUGAUGACCUUCUAGAUCAAUUGAAAGGAGCCUGUGUGUUCUCAAAGAUUGACCUAAGGUCGGGAUAUCAUCAGAUUCGGGUUAAGAGUUCGGAUGCAUCUAAGACUGCUUUUAGGACGAGAUACGGUCAUUAUGAGUUCUUGGUCAUGGCAUUCGGGGUAACCAAUGCUCCUGCUGUCUUUAUGGAUUACAUGAAUCGGGUGUUUCAACCAUAUUUGGAUCAGUUCGUGGUAAUCUUUAUAGACGACAUAUUGAUAUACUCUCGGACUAUCGAAGAGCACAUGGAGAAUUUGAGGAUUGUGUUGUCGGUUCUCAGAGAAAAGCAGUUAUUUGCAAAGUUUAGUAAGUGUGAGUUCUGGAUGUCCGAAGUUAAGUUUCUUGGACAUGUCAUAUCUGGCGGCGGCGUAGCUGUAGACCCUUCAAAGGUAGAAGCAGUGAUAAAUUGGGAACGAUCCAAGAAUGCAACCGAGGUCCGUAGUUUCCUAGGCUUGGCAGGUUACUAUCGGAGGUUCAUUACGGGCUUUUCCAAAUUGGCAUUACCUUUGACCAGGCUUACAAGGAAGGAAGUUUCAUUCGAAUGGAAUUCAAAAUGUGAGAAGAGUUUUCAGAAACUCAAGGAGAAACUGACUACUGCUCCAGUGUUGGAACUUAACAUGCGUCAAAGGAGAUGGAUGGAGUACUUGAAGGACUUUGACUUUGAGUUGAAGUACCAUCCCGGUAAAGCUAAUAAGGUAGCGGAUGCCUUAAGUAGAAAAGAGAUAAAAGUUGCAGAGCUGAUGAUGUUGGAGUUUGGCCUUAUGGAGAAGUUCAGAAAUUUGGACUUACAAUUUGAGUGGGCACCAACGGGUGUGUUGAUGAGUAACUUGCGUAUUGAGAAUGAGUUGUGGGAAAGGAUCCGUCAAGCACAGUGGAAUGAUGUAGAAUUGCAGGCUAAAGCAAACCUUCCAGAUUUUGUUCGUACAUCUGAUGGACUCAUUCUUUUUGGACGGAGGAUGUGUGUGCCAAAUGACACGGAGUUAAGGAGGUUAAUUCUGGACGAGGCUCACAAGAGCAAAUUCACCAUCCAUCCCGGAUCGACCAAGAUGUAUCAAGACUUGAAAGGGAAUUUUUAG